GACAUAGAUGACACUCACCCAACUAAAAAAUAUGUUACUUCUUGCCAUCUUUAUAUGCCUAUAAAUAUCACCAUGAAUUAUUCAAAACACAUUACCAAACAACUUAGCAUUAAUUAGCUAAUUCAGAUAUAACUAUUUCUGAAUAUAUAAGUUCUUCCAGACCAGAAAGGCAACCAAAGCAAUCCAUCAAAAUAUGGAUCCGAGAUUCUUACAACAUGUUAUGGGAAUUCCAAUUAGAUCAUCAACAAAGGGACUACUAUCAACUGAACCUUAUCAACCCCAUUGCCCUCUUUCUACUACUUCUUCUAAGAUCAAUGGCAUAGAGAGAAAAGACAGUUUUGCAGUCUGGAUUAAAGAUUAUGUUAGUUUAGGACCCAAACUAAUUGAAAUCAUGAAAGACAAGUUGAAUCAUGGUGCCAAAAUCUUCCGAUUUGGGAGCCAACGCAAACUAUUUAGGAAGCGCUUCAGCAUCAAAGAAGAAGAGAAACUGUUGCAGGCUUCUCAAUGCUGUUUGUACACUACAGCAGGUGCCAUUGCAGGUGUGCUGUUUGUGUCUACAGAAAGGGUUGCUUUUUGCAGUGAUAGGCCCAUCAUAACGGUUUCUAGGACAGGCGAACUCGUAAAGUUCCAAUAUAAGGUUUCUAUCCCACUAGGAAAAAUUAAAGGAGUUGAAGAGAGCGUGAACAUGAAGAGAACAUGGAACAACUGCGCGGAGAUAGUAACGAUUGAUGAUUUCAACUUCUGGUUUAUGGGUUUGAUUAAUUAUAAGAAAAUAUUAAGAUACCUUCAUCAUGCAACUAGUCACGAUUGCUUAUGCAAAUUAAGUUGAUGAUUCCAUGUAUAUUUCGAAGGCAAAUAGUCCUUUAGUCAUAGUUUAUUUGAUUGUUUCCACGCUUUCGUUGCACAACCACUUUAAUUCUCUUAAUUAUGAGAAAAAAUAUGUAUAUAUGUUGAUAUAGGG